UGCUUUUGCUCUGUCUUUGAUCAUUUAGGUCUUGCGCUCCCGACAGCGAUGAAUCAAGGACAAGAAUAUCCAAACUGGCUGGAGCUUCCGCCCGAGCUGACGUCAUCGAUCCUGAACCGUCUCGGCGUGAUGGAGAUACUGGAAAGCGCGCAGAAAGUGUGUAGAUCGUGGCGUCGAAUCUGUAAAGAACCCUUGACGUGGAGUAAGAUCGACAUGCGUAACGUGGGACACAUGGGAGGUAGCAGUCACGAGUUGGAGAAGAUUUGCCGCCACGCUGUUGAACGUAGCCAGGGCGGGUUGGUUGAGAUCGAGAUUUGGCACUUCGCUACUCACGAUCUCCUCAAUUACAUCGCCGAUAGUUCAAGUAAGCUGAGAAGCCUUAAACUCGCAAUGUGCUAUCUAAUAGAAAACGAGGGACUUAUAGAAGUCAUUGCGAAACUUCCUUUGCUUGAAGUCCUCGAGGUUUCUUACUGCUCAUUAUCAGGAGAGCCUCUGGAACCUAUUGUCCCGUCUUCUUGUCCAAAUCAGAUGACAUUGGGGAACAACUGUGAUGAUGUUGCUCUAGCAAUCGCUGAAUCGAUGCCCGGACUCACCCGCCUCCAGCUUUUCGGGAACAGGUUAACAAACUUCGGUUUAAACGCCAUUCUUGACAGGUGUCCUAACCUGGAAUAUCUUGAUCUACGCCAGUGCAUCAAUGUUGACAUUGUUGGGGAUAUGGAGAGGCGGUGCUACGAGAGGAUCAAAGUUUUGAGACGCCCUAAUGACCCGGUUGAUGACUACCCUUAUGGCGUCUCUGAUGUCGAUGAAAUGUCAGAGGAGUAUUACGAUAAUUACUCAGCUGCAAGUGACUAUUCUGACACAGGCGAGGACCUGGUUUCUAGAUGCUUUGGCUGACCUCUUUUAAGCAUGCUCGUUGUUUUGGUGGACUUUGUGUGACACUGUUUAAUGUGUGUGUGGUCUUUUGUAGUACUGGCUUUGUGCCUUUGGUCUUUUUACAAUAUCUAAACUUUAUUUUUUUUGGCAUCUUACAAUAUCUAAACUCUAAUGAGGUUUCGAAUUAUA